UCCAUUAAACCUCCCAAACUUGUCUUCUUCAACUUGCAGAAGUUAAGAUAAUGGACACACGAAGCUUGGAAUGAUUGAGACAAUCAAAGUUGGAACUUGGAACCAUGUAGAUUCACAUCUUUACAACAUUUGCAUACAAACUGAUCCAUCUAUCAAAAUCGCACCAUUAAUGGGUGUUUUAAGAGAUCGAUUUAUUCUGAUGAAGAUAACUCAACAUUCGUCGUCGACACUUAUCCCUGCUCCCCGCCGAUCACUUGCUCAUGCUUUACAUGAUGACCAUUAAAUUUUUCUCUUAUAUAUCUCGCAUUAUUGUUUACAGUCGUUUAAUCAUUUUUAUAUAUUUUUUUACAUGAUAUUUAAAAAUUGACGAGAAAAUGAAUAUUCUAGUUAUCUUUGAGAUUCUUGAUAAAUGUUAUUCAUUAUUGGAUACAUAUAAUGUUGAAAAGAAAAAUUGAUGGAACUGAGAUUUAAGGAAUUUAAAGUUGGGUCAAAAUUUUAUGUUCUUACAAGAAAACAUUCUUUAAUGGUGAUUACAGAUAGAAAGUUAUGGAAAAAACUUGUGAUUGUUGUUGAUGGGAAAAACAUGUUUACAAAUUAUAAGGAAAUUUUCGUUUGAACCCUUUGAUGGAAAUGACAGAAUUCAUUAGAGUAAAUAAAAUGAAAAAAUUUAUUUUGGAUUUAAUUGGUAGUGGGUUAAAGUUAGUUUCAAAGACAAAAUGGAUAAUUUAAAGUGAAAUUGGAAAAAUUCAGUCAAUGUAGAGAGAUUCCUUAAAUUAGAGGGCAUGCUUAAUUAAUUAAUCAAAGUAGAAGGGAAUAUUAGGCCCUUUUUCCUUUUGAUUAAUCUCUUAAUUAGCAGUAAAAUAGUUUCCACCUACCAGUAUAUAAAUGAAAAUGAAAAUACAGAGCAGCGAUAAACACCAAUAUCCUGCCGCUCCUUGAAGUUGUCGGAGGGCAGCAUCGAUUGAAUGAAUAGGAAGAGUUUUGAAAAUGAAUACACCUCCGAUAGAGAAGAAGGUAAAAAUAGAGAAGGAAGAAGAAGUGAAUGGAAUGGAAGAGCAGAAUAGAAUGGAACAAGAAGAAGCACUUGUCGCUCUCAUUGAGCAUCGCACCAAAGAAGUCGAACAUCUUCGCCAACGCAUCACUUAUUACAAAUCUCAGUUUGAUGAAGCAGAGAAUAGGCUAAAGGAGACACAACUGAAAUUAGCUCGUCUUCAGGGCCGGGAGAACAUAGCAGCAUCCACAACUUCUUGUGGAAAUAGGGCAAGUCCAAUGACAUCCAAAAGAAGAUCCUCAAGUCCCAUUCAGAUAAGUGAGGGCUCUUUUCAUAGCUUGUCUGAAUCUAAACCACAACGUAGACAAGACAGCAAUCCACCUCUUGGGAAAUCUCCAGCGCCAGAUUGGAAAAUGGCAAGCCCUUUCCAGAAAAAUGAAUAUAGUUCUCGCAGUGUGCCCCGGGGGAAACAACCACUUGUCAUUCCCGAUGUGAAACCAAGAGUAUCUCAACCUUUGAAGAUGACAGAAUCUGGUCCUAAAUUCUCAAAUACUUCUGAUUCUCAGGCUGGUGGAUCAGGGUUUGCUCAUGUUACUAGUACGGCAAGGUUAAAAGCAGAUAAAAGUCACAGAAUGCCUGAGAAGGAAGCUUCAGAAAUUCAGCCUAAAGGAACAAAGAGGAAGUUUGAGCAGAAAGAGCAUAGAGAGCUGAUACCCUUGAUAGGUAGUUACUCUUCAGCAAGCAUGAUACGUUGCCAGACGUCCUGUGUCAUAUCUAGUCAACACAAGAGAAAGCUGAGAACUAUUAUUUCGUGUCCUACAAAUGAUCAACUUUUUGCAAGCAGUGCGUUGGAUGGGCUUGUCAACUUAUGGAAAAUACAUGGCAGAGGGUCAACUGCUGAUCUUCUUAGUUCCACUGAUUGCCUUUCAUCCAAGCAUAGGAGAUGGCCAGAAGAUGUAGCCUGGCAUCCGGAAGGCGAUAGUCUCUUUUCAGUUUAUAGUGCCGAUGGCGGGGAUUCUCAAAUUUCAAUCUUGAAUCUUAACAAAGGAAAAGAGAAGAUGCGUGUAAGUUUCUUGGAGGAGAAGCCUCAUGUUAAAGGGAUAAUCAACAAUAUAAUCUUCAUGCCGUGGGAAGAUAUCCAGUUUGUUACUGGUGGUAGUGAUCAUGCAGUUAUCAUGUGGAACAAUAGGGAUGGAGAAAAUUCAUGGAAGCCUAAAGCAUUGCAUAGAAGUUUGCAUUCUUCUGCAGUGAUGGGAGUUGCCGGUUUGCAGCAUAAGAAAGUUGUGAUGUCUGCUGGAGCUGACAAGCGGAUCAUUGGAUUUGAUUUGAUAUCUCAAAGAGCAGAAUACAAGCAUCAAAUAGAAACUAAAUGCAUGAGUGUUCUACCUAAUCCGUGCGACUUCAAUCUCUUUAUGGUUCAGACAGGGACCAUAGAGAGGCAGCUUCGCUUGUUUGAUUUUAGAUUGAGGCAGACAGAGGUUCAUGCCUUUGGGUGGAAGCAAGAAAGUAGUGACUCACAGUCGGCUCUCAUAAACCAGGCUUGGUCACCUGAUGGCUUGUACAUAACAUCUGGGUCAGUUGAUCCAGUCAUCCACAUUUUUGACAUAAGGUACAAUUCACACAAACCUUCUCAGUCCAUCAAAGUCCAUCAAAAGCGAGUCUUCAAAGCUGUUUGGCAUCAUGCGGUCCCGCUCCUCAUUUCUAUAUCUUCUGAUUUGAACAUCGGGCUGCACAAAAUCAUUUGAGGUGCUGAGAGAAGCAUUACUAUUCCCAGUCAUUUCCCCCAUAUGUCUGGGGAAUUUUAUCACGAAGAAGCAUGUCUCAAUGCCUUCAACCAAAAGAAACUCAUGGAUAUGUCUGUGGUACUAAAAGAUGGUAAUGAGACGAAAUCAGAAGGGAAAUGCUGAUGAGUAUCAGCUUUGCAAUUGGCAUAAUUCUGCAUUCAGGCAGCUGAAGCAAUUUUUGAGUCGGAGUGGAAUAUGUAAAGUUUGUCUACAAUGAAAAGCUUGGAGACAUCCAACUCUCCUAGGACAUAGGAUUGUCUUCAAUAGACUCCAAAGUUUUGACCUUCAGUGUAUUUAGUGAUACAUUUCCUGUGUCAGUCUGUGAUUUGAUGGCAAUGGAUUAGAGACUGCGGCGUUCACAUAGCUGCCAUUCUGUCCUUGGUCUUCACAUCACAUUUGACCUAAUAUUUCAUGGAGUCUUAUUUUAAGAAUCCAUUUUCGCAUGCAUAAACUGUUCUCUCUUCAGUUGCUUCUGUCUGAAUUGAGGGAGGUUUUGGUAGUCAAGUUUCUAUGCUUUCAGGGUUCGAGGGAAAUUGCUCCGCUCCCUUUUAUCCUUUAUUUUUUUUCCUGUACAAAACACAGUGAAGGAAGGACUUUUUUUGUGCUACUCAUCAUGAUAUGAGAAUAUUGUAAUGGUUAAGUGGUUGUUAGUUAGCGGGAAAGUUGGUUACUACAAAUAUUUGUAUGCACUAUGGAAAUGAUCAACAAUUGAAUAAUAAUACAAUUUUUCCCAA